AUGGUAGAAAACAUCAAGAAAGUAUCAGAGAGAGCUUCUGUGAAAGAGAUUUCUCAGAGCAUUUUGAGAUCUGCACAAAUCCUCAGGAAGGUGCUUAGUGAUGAUGCACCUGAUGCCGGCUCCAGGUGAAUGGCUUGCGCCCGGCUGAUGCACCAAAAGAACUCCAGCAAAGACUGUGACAGAAGAAACACUGAGCAGCCUCAUGCAAAAAAAGGGGGGGGGGAUCAAAACACUGUUCAGGGUAGCAUAGAAGAAAAAGUCUCAUCCAUUUAACUGGUGAAAACUGGUGAAAACAUCCCGAUGAAGAUGCGAAACCAAUAAAAUCAAGUGCACCCAGGGGUGCACCCAGCAACCAAAUGUGUCCAAAUACGUCAGAAGUGUCUAAAUGGUUUCAAAGCCUUGUGAUUGGUUUAAUUUGAGCUGCCCUAAGAAAUGUUGGAAUCAGUCUUUUCGGUGGGUUUUUCGUCUGUUACCCACCCUGACGAUGGAUUCCGAGCACGAGAAUGGUAACAUGUCUAACAGGACUCAUUAAAAAAUUCCAUGUGAUACUGAAUUUUUUGUCGUAAUGCUAAAAUUCGAAGGACCUACGUAGAUCUUUGUUCAAGUCACAGUUUCUUGGUAACAAAAUGUGAAAAACACAACCUCCUAAUAUCGCAGUUAACUUAUAAGAUAUGUAUAAAAACUUCGAAUAUCUCAGAUGAGUGAACCGUUAUUCCUGCCUCGAGCUUAAGAAAUUUCUAGGCAAAUUAAAUAUUUGUUUCUUCGAACACGCCAGCAGCUAUUUUACAGAAAAAAACGUAUAAAAUAAGAAGUUUGAUUCAACUAAAAUCACUCUCGCAUGCCUCUGGAAAUUAAAGGAAAGAAAAUUUGGAAUAAUUUUAAAAUAAACAAUGACCAGACUAAUGAAUCUACUUAAAAACGUCCAUAGCUAGAAAGAGUGUUACGUUAACAAGAGUAAUUCUAUUAAAAGUCUGCAUGCAUCGGCUAAUGGAUAAUUUCACGGAUUAUUGGACUGUUUGCAUUCGCCGGAUGAAUUUUUUUAAGCUUUCUAUCAUCAAAUGAAACAGACAAAAGCUAAAAUACAUGGUGUUUUGUAAAUGUACCAUUUCUUCGUCUAAUUAAAAUUGGCGAACAUUGUUCCAUUUUAGACACUCUGGAGCCUGGCAAUAGAAAUAAGGGGUUUUGUGGCGCCGAAUAAAUCUUUAUUUGAAUAAAAAUAGGAUUGUGGGUACUUGUCACUCUGCAAGAGCUCGUCUAUGAAUUUCAAACAUUUGCCAACAAAGUUACAGCAUUAUAAGAAACCACAUCCUUUUUCACUUAUAUCAUACACCAAAGAACUUAUUUAAAAUUGGAUUUGGGAAAUUAAUUUGAUAAUUGUUAACACAAUAUUUUCAGUUUCCGUCGACUUGCAGAAGGCUUUUGCCUGUACAAGUUUCAAAUAAGCGCAAUUUUGAGCAAAUGCUGAAAAGGAAGGUUUUUCUUAACCUUUGCUAACAAGAUAAAAUUUCUUUUUGGUUAUUAAGUAAAGAACUUAAACAAACAAAGGUAUUGUGUCGUAAAAACAAUUCGAAAAAUUAACAUGUGGCGUGAGAAAACGUCAAAAUAAAUUAGUACGGCUUUUAACAUGAGAUUUCUCAUUCCAAAUCAUAUGUAAAGAGAGGGAUAAAAGAUUCAAGCAGAAUUUUCACGGACUUGAGCAAAGUUAAAAAGAAGAAGGCAUUGCAAUAUAAACACAACUAUAAAAAGGCCUUUGUUCCCAUUGCUUCGGCUGCUGGCUAUAGGAAGGAAUUUUAAUACUGAGAAAAUUGAAAAAAACUGAAAAAGCCUGGCGAUGACCCUUUGAAACAACAAAGAGUAGAUAGGAGGCUCUAUAAAAAAAAACUAAAUGUCGGAUGCAACGGAAUUUUUCCUUGUGAACGUGGCCUACUUCAAGUUUACUUAUCACCUUUCACUCUUUCCGUUUCAGCAAGAACGGAAGCAAGUACAGUAGUGAGAAGUUAAAUUUUUUGGCUGUGUGUCAUUCGCAUCCUCUUUACAUCCGAACUCACACUUGUGGAAAAAGCUGUCAAAAUCAAGAUGAUGUGUUCAUUUUACAUAAUUAACAGCAUGUGCCACAAUACGUACACUUAAUUAAAUUACAAGAUUAAUAUCUUUUUGUUCUCUGAUUUGCGCUAGCCACUAAAAAGGCACUGCGUGACAAUGGCGUUAUGUUUCAUAGAGAUAACGCCAUUCGCCUUUUAUUUCGCCGCGCCUAUUCAAUUUCUUAUACCAAUGUCGUAAGAGCCUCAGUGCAUGAGUGCAGUUUAGCUGUUGAUUAUUUCAACAGCCAAAACAAAUGUUUACUGAAAGAUACCAGAGCGCAAUCGCUGGCUGAGCGUUACUUGAGUAAGAACUUGCAACCUAUUCUGGUGGAGUUAAACUGAGUGAAUCAAUGUCAGAAUCUUUUCUUCGGCGUUACGGGACAUCUCGGUGAAAAGCAGUGAAUCAGUUGUGUGUGAGCGGCGGGCAGGCAGCGAUGCGAUGCGAGUCUUCACAAGGGCAAGAAGAUUACGAUUUUCACGGAAAGUCUGCUUAGUCAUUAUUCCUGUCGGCUGGCUUACGAUUUUUAUCACUUUGUCUUUGUACAGUGACCAUGAAAAUAGCGGUAAGUUUUUGUAUUUAGCUUAUACAUUUCGUGCUACCAUGCGCGUCUUCCUUUCGCAAGUCGCUGUCAAAGUGUUGGUGUCUCUCUAGUAACUACUCCACAGGCAUGCAGCGAACAAAUGUUUCCAUAACCAUACAAACUAUGCUUGUAUACAAACACUGAAAAUGUAAAACGUCGCAGUUCAUUUACCUCACUUUGAGAGCGGUCUUCUUACGUAAAAAAGCUAAAGGAAAAGGAACUUGUUAAUUGACCUGACCUGAUCUUUACGAUGAAGACUAAACCUUUCACAAACCUAUGGCUAAAUUCAUGCGGAAAAUUGUGAAUUCUUUAUCCUUUCAUUGUAAAGUAACUCUUGCUUUUUAGACAAUAUCUGCGGGUGACCGAAUUCUCUGUGAUUGUGGUCGUGUUAAGAUAUAUGUUCUUAUUCUAGUAGUUACUAAAUGUCUGAAUAAUAUUCGUUUGUUUGUGUCCGGAGAGAUUUUUACUAAUAUUGAUGCUGACCGCAAUAAGCCCUUAUUUGCAAUGUCUUAUUUGUAAGCUUUCAGGUCGUGCUUUAGUAGCUUAAUUUUCAUUACAGUAGAGAAAGAUUAGUCGAGAUUUGUAAUCUUUAUUUCAUAUUUAGUGUUCUUUAUGCGGCCACGAGUCGCUAUUGUUGAAAGUUGUGAAGGAAGAUGACGGGAAAUUAGAUGCGUCUACACGCUUGAAAUCCAUUCACAACCUUUGCUCUGAUUGAGGCUUUUUUAAAAGAAAAAAUAUAUGCUUGGUUAGAGCACUAUUUAAGUGAUUUUGUUUUUCUCUUGGACCGUUUUAAAUAUGUUUUUAUUGGCUUCGAAGUAUGGCUAGAACUUUUCAUGUACAAGAUAUCGAUCUGUGUUGUGAAAUUUACCACAACUCGAGGUACAAACGUCGCAUGAAGUUGAGUAACUAAUUGGGAUAGGAGAACUUUACAGCAUACGGAUAGGUAUUUGGCUGUGUCAAUGACUCUUCUUCGUCUCAAGAAGUUUAUAAAUGCAAACCAGUUACUUUCAAGUGUCUGUAAUCAGUUUGGGAGAGUAACUAAUUUGUAAAACAUCUGGUAAUACAAGUGUCGGCUUCGUGUGUUACAGAACAUACUCGUGAAUGGACAAAAAUUUGCGCGGAAGAGAUAAGUUUAUAGGCAGACGUUUGUGAAAAUAUUGUAUGAUUAACUAAUGCAGAUAUGUCCUUUGGUUUGAGUAACUUUUUUUUGUUUUAUUUUUUAACCUUAGCCGGUUUAUCUGAAAUUCAGAAGUGCUCUAAAAAUGUCGCUUUCUUUCCGUGUACACGUUAUCAACGGCUGCCGAAAAACAGCGAAUAACGACUUAAGUUAAAUGGAUUUUAAAUGAAAACCCUACGAUUUCAGAACAAAAAGGAUACCGCCAUUCAUCUUGUAAUAUGUUUUUUUAGAGAAUGUGCUCUUUUUUAAAUUAUGAUACCGAAAACAUCUGCUUUGUUUUGAAAACAACUCUGCUAGAAAGUAUGCCGGCCAAAACAUUCCUUAAUAAACUCAGUCAUUUCUAUGUCGAGGUAAAAAUUUUUGAACCUUUUUUUUCGUUAAGAAAGAGAGAGCAGAUAUAUAAUAGCUGGAAAUCAUUGGAAAAACCCAUUAAGAUGGGAUUGGUUUUCUUAUCUAGCAGUUUACAUCUGUUUGUGUAUGGCUUUUUGCAUGCCCCAGCUGAAUUCACUCUUUUGUCGAAAUAAUAUUGUUACCCCCAGUCGAGAACAGCAAUUUCCCUGGGCUGGGCUAAAAAUGUUUUGUUUUUUCAGAGCCAAUAACGGCCGAGAAAAUUGCGGUAGGUGAUUGAUUACUAGUAUUUUGUGAUAAAGAGAUUAAGGUUUGCAAACUCGUAACCCACGAUACCAAAAGCGAUACCUUAGCUUUCCGUGUAUAUCAUUUAUCACUGUAGUGUCAGAAAUUUACAAAAAAAAACAGUUCCUUUUGCUUUUUAUUGCUGUAUGUAAAUUCCAUUAUGUUAACAGGGGAUUUUUUAUUUUCUAGAUGGGUUUAUUGAAGUGAUUUAGUAUGACAGAAAUCAUUUCAAAGUUUUGUCCAAUCUCUGUCUUCCUUUAGGCAAUAGUUGAGUUCAAUCUCAUCCUGUUCGCUAUUCCAACUUUUGUUAAUUUAUUUUAUCGCUCUCAGUGGAGGUUAGCGCUUGAGGAUUGUAGUUGACUAAUCAUCAUCACUUUUCAACCAAAAUUCUAAGUUUUGUGAAGAAAUAAUAUUUUUGUUUCAUGAUAUAGCUUAUACAAUGGAAGAAAUCUUGCUAUCAGGCCAAACGUGAGAUAAAUGGUGAUAUUUUAUCUAAUGGCCACUUAACUGAUAUCUAUCAUAUAUGGAAUGUAAUAUUUUUGUCCCAAAGACAAACCGCACUGCACGAAAUUACUGCAAAAUAACUCUAGUUCAUUUGAAUAAUGACUUUGGUUCAUAGUGGACUCCAUUUGAAGUAAUUUGUUGUUGUAAUGCCUAUUAAUAGGUGUUCAGACGGAAAGAGAAGUACUUUGCAAUAGCUUUUACUUUCAUAAUAAUAGGAUUUGUUUGGUAGUGUCAAAGGGUAUGUCUAGCAAAGUGCUUAUUUUUUCUUGGUCAAAACGAAUGUUGGAUACCGAUUUCAAGGAAGUACUUGUAUAGUAUCAAGGGAUUUAAUCCACAAAAUCGUUUCCUUGUUUUUUCAGUUGUAACAUUCUCGUUAGAGAAAGCAUCAAAGUAUUGUAGGACAGUAUUUCCAGCGUAUUUUUUUUUAUUUGAACUAAAGAAGUCAAACAAUGAAUGUGAAUAACCGCAUUGUUGCUGAAAAAUCCAGGAUUAUAACUUUGACUUAUUAUGCCGGUGUUGGUUUUGUUACUGGUGGAUAACUGUAUGUUUCUAACAUUGCCCCCUUAAAAAAAUAAGCCUCUAUGGCCGGUAUAUGGUAAAAGUAAUUUCUUUAGAAUUUAUCUUAAAACAGACCCAUAGUUGAGUGUCUGAUAUUUACAGGAUGAGCAACGAACCUUUAUACUCUGUUUCAUUUGAAUAACUUUAUAAAAAGUUAUUCGAAGAAGUCAAAUAUUUUAUAGUUUUUGUUUCUGUUUCUUUACUCAUACACAAGGAUAACUAGCAAUCAGUGUUGAACUAUACAAUAAAACUUAUAGCCUGCUAUGCGUUUCAAAAGUACUUUCACGAUCUUACUGUAAAACGGACUUGUAGAAUAGCUGUUUCUUUAGCAAGAAGUUUCAUUUUCUAUUUCUUAACGGACGUUAACGUUUAGUUUGGCCUCUAGCCGAUGAAGACAACACGAAAUCCAUAUUUUCCAGUUCGAAGUCGAAAAGAGUAGUUUAGGUGCAGCUCAAUAUUAUGGUGGCCCACAGCUGUCACGGCAAAACCAAAAACCUCACGGCAAAAACAAAAACAUCACGGCAAAACCAAAAACCUCACGGCAAAAACAAAAUACCUCAAGGCAAAACCAAAAACCUCACUUUCCGAAAUCCAAACUUUUAACUAAGAGAAGUUUAAUCCAUGUAGAUGUGCAUUGUCCGCAAGCUGAGGUUAGGUGGCAUGGAAUAGCUUGCUUAAAAGAUCUGAGCUCGCAGAGUAAUUGGUUUAAACAAAUAAAUCAAUGGAAUUUCACCAUCCUUCAUUUUCCACCCAUAAGGCAGUGAAUUAGGCUUGAUUUACGUAACAAAUUAUUGUGCGACCAAUCUGAACAUUCUAUCAGCUUUUGUGCCCUUAUGCUUAUUUUGUGUGAAAUUACACCAGGAAUCUCUUAUUUAUCUUACAAACUAAAACAGUGAUUCUUUUAUUCUAAUCUUGCUUAAUGUUUUAGAUAUGAACGAAUUUUUUUGCGUUACAAGCUAUGUCUUUCUGAAAUACAUCUACGACUGUUGCACUGUUCAAGGCUAUGCAUUCAUUCUCGCAUCUACGUCGAUUUCAUUGUUUGCCCAAGAUUGAAUUGCAGGGAACUUUGGUGACACAUGGCAGAUUUCAAAGCAAAAUACAAGAAAUUAAGAACGGGGAAUCGCAGAAAAGUUGCGAUGGCGUGUUCGACUAGCUUAGAAGUGGGUUUUCUUUCUGGCCUGUUGUCCCGGGGGGUACUUCCUAUGACUGCCUAUACGGGCAGGCUCCGCACGAAAGGGGUAUCUUUCUCAGGCUUCAGGUAUAUGAAAGGUUGGGGAUUUAGUUGAAGUAUUUAAAAGGGUUGGGAAAUCUGUCAUUUGGGUCUUCCAAACGGCCCAAAAGGGCUACGGUGAAUUUUAUGGUUUUAUAAAGUCAAGAAAACGUUCUAUUUUUGUGGCUGAUUCUUAUUUAAAGACAAUGCAUUUACAGCAGUUAAAAGGGAUGCAAAAUUCUAAACAAGGUAUAUGAAAGGGUUAUCAUUUGUGAUUAGAACGUAUACGAAAGGAGUACCUUUUUCGUGAAAAAUGGUAUAUAAAAGGGUAAGGGGUUGGACCUCGGGGCGGAGCCUCCCCGUAUAAUCAUUUGUUGAGUACUCCCCCCCUGGCCUACUGUAUAGCUUUUAAUUUCAUUUCCUUUUGAGAUGAUUUAAUGUGAUCGCCAAAAUCUGUGAGAGAUCGUUUGCACGGCCGACGGGCCGAAUUUACAGCAAUUGUUUAUACACAAGGAUAAAAUAUGAAAGUGCUAAAAUAAACCCUUUCACGUAUUUCCGUUUUUCUCUUUUAUCGCCCACCCAAAUACCGGAAGCGUGUGUCACGAAAACCCGUAGAAUGUUCUGUUCAUUUCUCAGGCAUUGUGGUACAGUGUACGCCCUUGAAAGAAAUAGUAUAUAUGUGUCCAAAGUGCUGUAGGAUGGGUAAUGGCUUUCAUUGACUCUUUAGAUUAUGUAUUGUGCAAUCUGAAGAGUGUGGUUUGGGCAACAAAAUUCCUCUCGUGUAACUUUAUUUGUAUUUGUUGAUACCGAAAAAACGACAGUUUUCAGUUUCCAAUUUUGAAAAAAAGGGGGAUCGAACAGUUUAGUUUCUGAUUUCAGUAGUGCUUCUUCUGUUAAAAGUCGAAGUUAAAAAGAAGUGAGAGUUUCCGUCUUUUGGCAGACUUGUUAAUUAGCAAUUUUGCACAGAUUGAGAAGGAGUGUUUGACAUCACAGAUGUUUACAUAAUUCAUUCUUUUUUUCCGGAAGCCUUCCUUUUCUGCCAAAAAAACCCUCUCACCGGAGUUUUGUAUCAUCUUAUCUGUGUUUUGUGGGUUCUAAUGAGGGAGAGCGAUACGGUUCAAUGUUUGGUCAGAUCUGACACAGUAAAGUAUCUGUUGUAAAAUCUAAUAAAAACAGCUUCGUUUCUUGUAGUGAACCGUUGAUCAUAAUGCGGUGGCAUUCUUAAAAAAAGUUUUUUUGCCUGUGUUUUUCCUUUUGAAGCUAUUUUCAUGUUUUGAUUGUUCACAUAUGGGGCACCUUAUGUUAAAAUUUAAAGAGUGUUUAUCGAGUAUUCAGGCCACAAUAGCAAUGCUUUUUUACCAACGAAAACAAUAACUGGAUAUUGAAAUAAACCCGGAAAGAACGGAUUACAGGUAAAUACAGCCACAACGAAAACAAAACUACAAUCAGUGGGGCCUAGAUGCCCACAGAAAAAAAGCCUUCAAAUUUUCUGUAACUUAAGUGCUAAGACAUCGGCUUUUGAUAGCUUCUGUGCGCGCUUGUUAUAAAGGCAGGAGCGUACACGACCAGAAAAUCCUAAAAUGUUAACUCCUGACGGUAUUAUUUUUCAUUUUCCUGUAAAAUAACAUGACCAGGAUUUGUAAUAAAUUGGUGGAAAAAGCCGGAGGGGAGGGUGGGGGGGGGAUUGGGAGGUUACUCGAAAUCCGUGGGGACAGGGAUAGAUGAUGGAACGGGGUUUAUUUUUUACGUUAACAAUUUUUUCCCGCGAAAGUUCCCAUCCAGGUUUCAGCAUUUAGGUUUCACCACCAGCAAAAUUCCUUCCUCAAAUUGAAUCUUCAUACCUCCAGAAUUCUAAAAUCUUGAAUUACUUAAAUGUAAGGGAAUCACUCUUUGACAGGAGCCGAUAACUCGGCGCGCGCAACUCCCAUACUUAGCCAUUGCUUGCCGGGCGGGGCACAAGGGAGUUGCUCGUAUGCUCUUGAUUAUAGGCUUUCCCCAAUUCUGACGUCGGAAAAGUUACAAGGACGAGAGUAAAGGAGUCUUAAAAAAUUCCGUUCCAAAAUUGGCCAUUCUUUAAAAAGUGAUUGUGUUGAAGUAAAGCCGAAAUGCUUGGGGAGCGGGAGCUUUUAAACAUUGAUGCUUCAAGGAUAAAUGUAGAAUUUAGAAUCUCGAUGGUAAUUUAAUGACAGUAACUAGCAGGUUAAUCUCUUUGCUAGAAUUAAAGGUUUCUAGUGGCAAUUUUUCAAUUUCCUUUUUCUUUUUAUAAUACAUUAUCAAUUUAUAUCCUUUCUAAGGGCUUUGGAAUGAACCCCAGAUUCUUUGGAAACACGAUAAACAUAUAUUUACUUUUAAGCGAGAGCUGUCACCCGACAGUUUCUUAAUUAUUUUUGUAUACUUACUCCAUUUGUAACUUUUAACGCUAGCCUGGCUUUCAUGUAAAACACUUUCAUUAUAAAAAAUCAUUAGUUUGCAAGAAUUAUGAGUGUAAACGUAUUACAGGCAGAUACUUGAUGUAAUUUUUGUUGCUUUGCAGACAAAGUGCUGGCGACAGAGUUCUUAAAAUCUGGUUUGAAAACAACGUUUCCAGUUGCGAUCAAUGAACUGCAUAUUGAAAAUUCGUUGUCAUCACUUCAAUUUGGUAACAGGACGUUUCAAGUUCAGAAGAAAAUAUUGCUUGUUCAUAAAUCAUGGGCUAAAGAGCGUUCAAAACUUUCUCACUUUGUAACGCGGUUUUUAGAUGGUUUCCGUGCUCCGUAUGUGGUGAGUGAAGUAGAAGAUAAACCGUUUUUAGAUCUACGUGAAGAUAUAAAGCCCAAUGUUGUUGUUGGGAGAUAUUCCCUUAUUGUCUUUGUUGACAUCAAGACUUACAUAGACCUAAAACCUAAUGUUCGGCAAGUAGUGAAACUUUACUGCAAGAAAUUUAGGACUGGUAUAUUGUAUUUUAUUUCUAAUCACGUUGGUUAUAUACCGGAGUUUCGUAUCGAGGUAAUAAAACCUCAAAAAGAAAGACAAACCUUAGAUGUCGAAGUUAAUGAAAGUCCGAAACUUUUGCGGAUUACUCGCAGAGGAGGUUCGGCGAUUAAACCAAAUGUUCCAAAAGGACAAGGAACGAGGUGGAACUUCAUACGCUACGAUCCUCAACAAGUUCCUUAUGAAACUGUUGAAUUCGCAGUGAAUCGUAGAAAACGACAAAAAAGAGAGUUGGAGAUUGCAGUAACGGAAAAUGCUUGUGUUAUUUUGGACGAUGGUCAAGUAGAUGGAAUUAAAAAAGUCUUUUUUGGUGGUGGAUUUCCCUUCUUUCUGCACACAAUGCUUUUCAUGGACAGUUUGGAGUAUUUAUCAGCUGUUAGUCCGAUGGAGUUUUCCCUUGAGAGAUAUCUACAGAUAGACGUGGAUGAUAUUUUCAUCGCCAAGACUGGUAUAAGAAUGAAGAAAAAGGACGUCAUGGUAAGU